CAAUGGUUAUGUUUUAACUGUUUUUUAAAUAAUUAAAAUGGAAAUUGCUUAAAAAGUAAAAACUAAUUUAGUUUUUUACAGAAUAUGUAAAUGCAGUAUUUAUUUGAUGAAGUUUGAGAGCGCCGUUUUUUGAAUAGAACAAUAUAUGAAUUAAAGCGAUUUAAUAAAUACAAGAUCUCUGAAAAAAAAGGGGAGAAGUAAAAUAUAAUAGAAAUAAACAUUGCCGUUGCAACGCAUUAUGCUUAGAGUCUACUUAAAAAAAUAUAAAGUCAUGAUACUAUCUAGUAUUUUAUUUUUUUAUCUAGGUUGUGGUAUUACUUUAAAUUUUAUACGAAUAGAUUGUGCAUCAGCUGCUAUGCAAAAAGCAGAUACAAUAAAAAUUACUCAGAAAUUUGAUAACAUCGAGUAUCCCAUUCUAAUAAUCAGCAGUCCAGAAAAUGAAGCUAAAAGGGAUGCCAUUCGUGCAACGUGGGCAAAUUUUGCACAUAAUAUUUUUGAGGAAAAUGGAGUUAGAUUAUACAAAUGGAAUCAUUCAUGGAUUGGAAGCCAACAUCAACAUAAUUUUAUUAAAUUGUUUUUUUCAAUUGGUGUUCGUAACUUAAAUUUGGUAAAAUUGGAAAAACUAAAAUUGGAAAAUAGCAGAACUAAUGACUUGUUGCUCUUAGACAGUUUUGAAGAUGGUUAUAAAAAUUUAGCAGUUAAAGUUAUUUAUUCUCUUCACUGGUUGUAUAAUCAUUUAAGUGAAAUGAAGUAUCUUAUUAAGGGUGAUGAUGAUUCCUUUCUUAGAAUAGAUCUUAUUAUAAAAGAUUUAGAGGCAUUUGCACCAAACAUGAAUGAACCUGAAAUCCAAAAAUAUGUUACUAAAAAAAAAGAACUUUUAAAAUACAAAGGAUUGUAUUGGGGUUAUUUUGAUGGCCGUGCUAGGGUAUACUUGACUGGAAAAUGGGAAGAAAGAGACUGGUUUCUAUGUGACACUUAUUUGCCAUAUGCUCUUGGAGGUGGUUAUGUAAUUUCAAAAAGCAUUGUAAAAUAUGUUGCAGAUAAUGCUGAGAUAUUAAGUCAUUAUAACUCUGAAGAUGUCUCAAUGGGAGUGUGGACAGCAGCACUAGAUGGCAUCAAUAGAGUUCAUGACAUAAGGUUUGAUACACAGUGGAAAUCUCGAGGUUGCGAAAAUAACAUGCUUGUACGUCACAAGCAGACGCCCACUGACAUGUUUCAGAUGUACAGAACAUUAGUCCAUUCCCAUGGAGAAAAGUUGUGCAAGACUGAGAAUGCUUUGCGGAAAUACUACUUCUAUGAUUGGAAUGUCCUUCCCACCAUGUGCUGUAAAUAGUAACUUUGGUACCUAACUAAGUUUUAAACUAUAUUUUCCUAGUCAUUUUACUUAUACCUCUUUUAUAUGGAUUGUUUAUUCAAUUUGAAAUAUUAAAGGACAAUAAAACACUUGUAUAAACAAA